AUACUUUUACCCCCUUCAAGUGCUGCAAUGUUACUGCAGUUUCUACUCACUGGCUACUACAUCUCUGAGCCUGUGCUGAAGCCUCUAGAAAUGCCUCUCUCUUCAACCAAUCCAAGCACGGGGUUCUGCCAAAUUUGUCACGAUACCAUCCUAUCGAGACCAAGACCAACCGAUAAAGACUUCGAACCUACGCACCAUCAAACACUCGAAUCUCUAAAAACGUCUGCUGCAGAAGGCUGCCGCAUAUGCACGACCGUGUGCUACAAUCUGACCAGGCUGAAGCUAAAGCCGCCAAGGAUAUACAUCCGGUCGGGGCCUGUGACCACAUAUGGUCAUUGGACGAAUGGAAAGAUACAUAUUCAAUCCCGAUUGUCUUCAACUUUCCACGACUUUGAUUCCAUCAAACUAAGCGGUGUUUCUUGGGGCAACUUAGAAAACCACACGGGGUCCGAGAGCAGUCUCGGAGUAGCCAAACAGUGGAUGUCGACAUGCAUGCGAGAACACCCUUCUUGCAGUGCUGCAUCCGAUUUCCACUUCCGGCCUUCAAGGCUAUCGUACAUCGGCGGCGACGUCCAUCAAGUCGCCCUACACACAUCAAUCGACUAUCCGGAGACCUUGUCUUACAUGACAUUGAGCCACCGUUGGGGCGAAGCGCAGUUUGUACAGCUUCGACACAACAACGAAGAGACAUUUCGACAAGGCAUCCCGUGGAUCUCUCUGCCUCAGACAUUCAAGGAUGCAAUUCAUGUUGCUAGACGGCUCGGCUCCGACUAUCUUUGGAUCGACAGUCUUUGCAUUAUGCAAGACUCCAGCAAUGACUGGGAAGCUGAAGCGGCUUCAAUGGGCAACGUCUACAAAAACGCUCUGUGUAAUAUUGCUGCCUCGGAUGCUUCAAACAGCCUCGAGGGUUGUUUAUAUCCACGAAACCACCGAAUUCUUGCGCCAGAACGCCUGCCCUGGGGUUCUGAUGAUUUGUCAAAUCAUUUUUAUCUCAUUGAUGCUCCCUCUGAUAAGCCUUACGAACACUCUCAACUAUAUUCCCGCGCCUGGGUUUUUCAAGAGUUCCUGCUGGCACGGAGAACUGUGGAUUGUGGCAGGGAACAACUUUUCUGGAGAUGCGAUGAAUUGAUGGCGUCAGAAGAAAAUCCUGUCGGGCUCGCGGGGGACUUUAGCCCUUAUCCUUAUCACUAUGAGUUCUCCCAUCCGGCGCGAGAAGUCUUAAAGAAACAAGCCCACAAUGCAAGCCUCAAAUUGAUGGUAGGUAAAAUGAAGCUAUGGGAAGCUGAGUAUCAACACUGGACCCGUGGGUUUGGUGAGGACAGCAAAUACCAAAUCUAUAUGUACAGCCGGGAAGGAUCACCAUCAGUCUUCUGGGCUAGACUUGUGGAUCAAUACUCAAGCAUGUCUAUCACCAAGGAAGAGGACAGACUUACUGCCAUAGCAGGAGUUGCUGACGCCUUUCGUCCAUUCCUCGGUGAAUACUAUGCUGGUAUGUGGAAAAACCUGCUGCCGCUAUAUCUUGUCUGGAAGAUCAAGUCAGAAUCGGGUUCGUGUUGGGAACCAAGCCCCUGCAAAAGGCCGUCUUCCAAACGAGGCCCUACCUGGUCCUGGAUAUCGCUAGAAGGCCCCGUAUGUCAUAAACCCUGCUAUAUUACGUACAGAGCUGUAAUGCUCGCUCAGCUCCUCGAUGCCAAGGUUCUUUCCGCUCAAGAUAUACAUCUCCAGAUCCAGGCGCCUCUGAUACGUCUUGAAUGGAUCGACGACGUUACAUGGGGAAUGAGAGCAUGGAGUUCUAGGUCUGUCAACUCAGGCCCAAGCAUCAUGGGUUCCGACAGAGUUUCUAAAUGGAGGUCUCCUUGGUCCGAGUCCUGUGUCCAGAAUAACAAGGACGGAGAUGCAUCAUUACAACUCAUCUUUGACGUCGCGGAAGAAGAAGCAGCGGCUCGGGAUAUUACUCUAGUCGCAAUUUACUAUUGCAAAGCAGAAGAAAAAACAACGGCUCCAGACAGUAGUCGAUUCCGGAGUUGCCACAAGUUCAACAAUGUGGAAGGUUUAAUCCUUCAGGAUAAGGGCGGUGGCUUUUUCACCCGGGUUGGGUACUUCUAUACGCUUGAGUGUUCCGAUCUACCUUUCUUGAAAGGUGAGCAGACGGAGGUGGUUUUGAUAUGA